AUGUUUCCCGCUUAUAUGCACAGCCGCAGCCAAGCCCCCCCUUCUUACCCCCUUCCCUGGGACGACGUAUCACGGCCUGCCACGUGGCCUGCGCCGGCAAGCGCGGGCCCGAACGGCGCGGCUGGCAGGGGGAUGCGCGCAGGGGGAAGGGAUGGGGCGGAGGCGGGGAGCGCCGGGAUGGGGGGAGGGAUGGGGGGAGCGAUGGGGGGAGCGAUGGGGGGAGGCAUGGGGGCGAUGGCGGGGGCGAUGGGGAUGGAUGCGGGGGCGCGCGGAGGGGCGGACUACUCGAUGAGCGACCCCAUCUGGGCGGCCAUCCGCGCGGAAGCGAGGCUGGAGGCAGAGCGAGAGCCCAUUCUGAGCAGUUUCCUCUACGCGUCCAUCCUCGCCCACUCCUGCUUCGAGCGCUCUCUGGGAUUCGUGUUGGCCAACCGCCUGCAGAACGUGACGCUGCUGGCGACUCAGCUGAUGGACGUGUUUGACUCGGUGCUCAUGCUGCCCAAUAUCAGAGCAGCUAUCAGGGCGGAUGUGCAGGCUGUGCGGGACCGGGACCCAUCCUGCCGAUCCUACUCCAACGCACUCCUUUACUACAAGGGUUACCACGCGCUGCAGUCGUACCGCAUCGCCCAUGCCUUGUGGAACCGGGGCCAGCGCAUCCUGGCUCUGGCCCUGCAGUCCCGCAUCUCCGAGGUGUUUGCGGUGGACAUCCAUCCAGCCGCCCGCAUCGGGCGAGGCAUUCUCAUGGACCAUGGCACGGGCGUUGUAAUUGGCGAGACGGCUAUCGUGGGGGAUAGGGUGUCUCUGCUGCAGGGCGUCACCCUAGGAGGCACAGGCAAGGAGGCGGGUGACAGGCACCCUAAAGUCCAGGAGGACGUGCUGAUCGGGGCGGGGGCAACCGUGCUGGGCAACAUCAGCAUCGGACAGGGCUCCAUGAUUGCUGCUGGGUCGCUGGUUCUCAAAGACGUGCCGCCGCACAGCAUGGUGGCAGGCACACCAGCCAAGGUGGUUGGAACACUCUCGGAACCCAAGCCUGCAUUGACCAUGCAACACGAUGUCACAAGGCAGUACUGCGAAGAGCUUAUGGAUGAUACCAUUGGUGGAGCCAACAUAUAG